UGUUUUAUCUACGUCACGUCGGGUAUAAACCUGCAGUUCUGCGAGAACCAACGAGAAGUGUUUUAACAAAUCGUCUGACAAUCAACUGGCCGAGAGCGAAAUGUCGAUAAUAAACAGCGCAGCGCGACCGCAGUUUGGACACUGGCUCCUGGAGCAGGUACAGUCUAUGCGCUACGAUGGACUUUACAUGAUCGACAGAGACACAUUCCGCAUCCCGUGGAAACACAACUCGAGGAAAGACUGCGGAGACGAAGACAACAGAAUAUUCCGAGAAUGGGCUGUGGUUAGUGGUAAAAUUAAUGAGUAUCCCAAUGACAAGGCAAAGUGGAAGACCAACUUCCGCUGUGCUCUCAACAGCCUUAGACAGUUCAACAUGAUCCAUGACAACUCCAAAAACUCAGAAAAUCCCCAUAAAAUCUAUCGCAUCAUUCAUCCUGAAAACCAUCAGCAGUGCUCAACCAAUCACAUUGAAACCCUGUACAGCUCUACUAACAAUCAGUGUGAGGAAAUGAUGUAUGAUUUGCCAAACCACAUGGACACCUUGCAUCUAAACCAACAGCCCACAGAAAUGCAGUAUUGGGCAGGCUAUCAACAACCUAUCCAGAACGUAGCAGAUGACAGCACUUGCUAUAUGCCAAUUGUGCCGCAGCCUUAUCUUCCUAGUAACAUGCCUGUUCCAGCACAAACUUUAGCACAAGUGCCCAACAAUGCAGCCUUCUCAGUGCCCCAGCCUAUUAUCCUGCCUUCUGUCAAUGAGCUAGAGAUCACCAUUCACUACAGGAGAACAGAGAUGCUGAAGGUGCAUUGUGCAAGUCCACUUGUUCAGCUCCAUUCACAAUGCGAUCAUUCAGAGCUAAGGGGCAACUCUGUGCCCUUCCCCAGCACUGCGGAGCUUACUGACCAAAAACAGAUCCAGUACACUAAGCGCCUCCUGGACAGUAUCAAGCGAGGUCUGCUCCUAGAGGUCUGCUCUUCAGGUAUCUAUGGAUUCCGCCAAGAUGAGUGCAAUGUGUUUGUCAGCACCUGCGAUUCUGCCGAGAUCCAGGACGAAGAGCCCAAAAAGCUGUCCCAGAACCAAAAAGAACUGCUGUUCAGCUUUGAGAAAUACAAGAAAGAUCUCAUAGAUUUCAAAGAGAACAGAAGUGGAUCUCCUGAUUACACCAUCUAUUUGUGCUUUGGGCAGAAGUUCCCAGACGGAAAGCCACUGGAGAGAAAGCUGAUCAUUGUGAAGGUCGUGCCUUUGAUUUGUCGUGAGUUGCAUAAGGCAGCACAGCUGGAGGGAGCUUCGUCUCUGCACAGUGAGAACAUCAGCCUGCAGAUCUCCAACAACAGCCUGUAUGACUUGAUUGAAGCCGCUUUCUCACCACCCUCUGCUGUUUAAAGUCUUAAUGCUGGGACACCACAUGCCUCUCUCUGGAUUCCUAAUGAUAAGCAUGGUUUUAACCACAGUGCUAGCUUCACUCGUCUUCUCCGUUAUGCAGAAUUACUGUGUACCAAACAUACCUGUUAUGCUUCAAAAUGAAAUAGCAAUCUCAAACUCAAGCAGUUGGCAAAGAACAGACCUACUUUGUUAGGUUUGUUUAAUAGACAAUAUAAUGACAACCUUGCUUUAGUGUUUUAUCUUUUAAUGAAGAAUUGUCUUUGUAAAGCUUUUUUUUAUUUUAAUAUAAAAUAUUUCUAUUGUACUGCAUUUCAUCAAAUGGACAGUACAUAAAUGUAUCCUUUGCAAGCAAAUGCGUCGUGAAUCUUUAACAGACAUUCUCAUUGCAAUGCACACGUAAAUGUGGAACAACUUAAGGAACUUUUUUCAUUUUUUAUUAAAUAAAUUGUUAAAGAAAUUUAUUUACAAAUCAGCAGAACAGAUUCUCAAGUUCACAAUGAGAAUCCAGUAUAAUCCAGUAAUAAGGCAGCACAUUACACACAAGGGAAAUGAUCAACAAUAUGUCUUCUGCCAGCAUUUUACACAGUUUGUCUUCAAAUGCAAAGUGGCCAGUUAUGACUUCAAGGGGGGAGGGAAUAAAAAUAACAGUAAAACCACAA